AUGAGCCAAGGACGUCCACCGGCACUCUUGACCCACGAGGUCGAUCUGGAGGAGCUGUCCGCCAACAGCAGCCAACUCGACGAGCUUCCGCGCGAGGAACUGCUUCGACUGCUGAAGAAAAUUAGCAAUCAGCAGUUGAGUCGCCACAACACGAGCCCCAGCAGCAACAGCAGCAGCAGUGGUUGUAGCAGCAGCGAUGGCAACCACCAACACGACCAACACCGCGGACAUGUGAAAGGUAAGCCGAGCACGUUUGCUGCCCUAACAGCGACUGGGCUGCCGACCGCCACGUCGAGUGGCAUCACGCGCGGUGGGGUCGUAACGUGGGACAGUGCUAAACUUCAGGAGGUCGAGGGCCACGCGGACAACACGCGGAACAGCCCGAACGACCAGCAAGACCACGGCGUCCGCAAUCGGCCCAGUCUGCGCACCGUCAGCGGGGUUCUCUCCACCGACGGCAGCAACCGCGGGUCUGUCAGCGCGGUGCUGCCGAACACGGCGAAGGGGGCACAGGCGGCGGUUGAGGCCGAUGAGGAGGACGAGGAGAAGGACGCAUCACCCACCGCAGCAGCAGCGGCGAAGGGCGACGACGAUGCGGCGGCUCGUGCGACGUCAGAGGAGCCGGAGGCACCCUACGAAGGGAGUGGGAGGGGGGCGGACACAGCGGAGGACGGCGCAGAGGCGGCGGAGGCGCCGACCAUGACGGCUCCUCCUCCCGGGUUCGUCUCCUCCACCACGAAGGAAAACGCUUCGCACUCCACCGGUUUCUUCUCCCCUCUCUCCAACCUGCUCGACGUCGACAGCAUCACCAGUCCCCCCGGCAGUCUGAUGCGCGCCGCCGCCAGCUUCACCUCCGCCGCACUGCGCUACGCCCACAACGUCGGCAUGCGCAGCACCAACCGGUACAGCUGCAGCAGCAUGAGCAGCUCCACGUACGACACGGUGGACAACACGGCGGCGGAGAGCAGCGGGGUACAGCACGAGCAACGGCAGCAGCGGCAGCAACACUCGCUUGCGUCGUCGCCGCGGCACGACGGCCUGUCGUUUUCCGCGCCGCCCGUUUCGCAGUACCCGCUCUUCACCAACCGUGGCGCCACCGAGGGGGACCGCUUUUCGGCUCUGCCUGGCAGUGAGAUGAGUCUGCGACCGCCGCAGAUGGCGACCCUGCCGCCGCCACGCGAGUUGAGUCUGGACGCGGCGCGGAUGCCGCCGUGGCGCGGUCACCUCUCGCUCAGCCUGUUGAGGAGUACCUCGGAGACGUUGCUGGGCAGGCCGUGCGUGCAAACUGGCGCGCGGCUACCGCAGCAGCAGGAGACGCACACCCCCUCCUCUCUCCACCCGCCCUUCGCCUCCUCUGCAGGACCGCAGGCGAGUGCGGUGACGCCGCCGCAGCAAACUGCAACUCUGUCGGAGCUCGUGCCCUCCACGCUGCUCAGUCCCUCCUCGGUCAUCACCACCACGACCUCCACGGCUACGCCGCCCCGUCAGGGGACCUCGACCAGCUCCUCCAGUCUUUCCUCCGUGGCAUCGACGCCGCUUUCCACGCCGUCCCACGGGGCCUCGUUGAGCUCCCCGCGCGGUGGUGGUAGCGACGGCAACACAUCGAGUCCACACGCACCAGAGACGGCAGCGGCAGCGGCCGAUGCGCCGCGCACAGCUCGCCGCAAUGAUGAAGUGCCCGUCGUGUCGCCGCCGUCGCUGCUGUCCAACGAAGCCGCAAGGCCGGUCGCUCCGGAGGCCGCGCCGCUCUUCACGCUUCUCAGCGACCCCGCCACGUCGAUCAGCGACGGCGACGGCAGCACUGCCAAUUCGAACGUGAAGGAAGAGAAGUCGCUGUUGAAGCGGCCGUCGGCCAACAGCAUCCUCCAGUCGUCGCGUGGCAGCCUGGGGCGGCAGGGCUCGCUGAGCCGUGCCCCCUCUUCCCGCAAGGUGUCCCUCGCGUUGGACCCGGCCGUGGUGGCGGAUACGCCGCACCGCCCACACUCGAGCUGGCGCGGCGGCGUCGAGAAGGGGGCACGACUGCCGUCGUCGCCUUCCGCCCUCGCAACGCCUUCUCCAGCGCCGAACAGCAGCAAUACUACUGCUACUACUACUACGGUCGACCAGGGGGGUCCUCUGGCGGCACCCAUCACGCACAGCCCCCGACCACUACGACGAGCGCAGCGGCGAGCACCGAAGGGGAACACGACAGCCGCCAGCAUCAACACCCUCGUCAGCGUCGAGACAGCACACACGACGUCGUCCACGUCCACCACCGCUAACGCCUCGGAGGAGGACAACGCCGCAACGGGGGAGUUCGAGACAUGGACGCACAUCCUCAGCUGGGAUAGGGGGGAGAAUGGGCAGCAUUGCGCCACAACACAGGACCGCAACAGGGCCACCGCGAGCACCGCAACGACGACCACGACGGCCACCUCGCCCACGUCCUCCUAUGCGCCGUCCGAUCAGCGGGGCGAAGCCCCUCCAUCACCGAUCCACGGCACGCAGCCCGGUGAGGUAUCCUUCUCCCCGCAAGACUCCUUCUUGUCGGCCUUGAACCUCUCCAGCAGUGCGCCGGAGUUGACCCGAGCGCGGCAGACAGCAUCGCUGCAUCGCGUGCGGCACGCCAGCACCGGGGAUCGCUACAUCAACAACUACCGCAUUCUCAAGUCCCUCGGCCGCGGCUCCUGCGGCAAGGUGAAGCUGGCCUACGACGAGGUCGAGUCUCGGCUGGUGGCGAUCAAGUACGUGCGCCGCGUGGACACCCGCAAGCGGCUCGGUGGACUGACGGUGGCGCAGAAGCAGUACAACGCCUUCAUGCGUGAGGUCGAGGUGAUGAAGACGCUGCGGCACCGCAACAUCGUGUCGCUGUACGAGGUGAUCGACGACCCCAGCGCGGACAAGCUGUACCUGGUGAUGCAGUACGUUGACAAGGGUGUCGUGGCGAAGGUGGCGGUGCGCGCGAACAGCGACUACGUGUGCGACCCGAUCCCGCCCGCGCAGCUCGUCCGCUACGCGCGGGAGAUGCUGACGGGCCUGCAGUACCUCCACCGCCACGACGUGGUGCAUCGCGACCUGAAGCCGGACAACAUCCUCGUGAGCCGCGACGGCCACGCCUACCUCGCCGACUUCGGCGUGGCGGAGACCUUCGGUGUGUCCUACCGCCAGCGCACGGAGAGCCUGAUGGCGGCGAGCAUGGCGGCGAGCUUGGCGAUGAGCGUGACGGGGAACCGCGUCGGCGGUCCGCAGGUGCUGGGCACGAAGGGCACGCCGCUAUUCAUCGCGCCGGAGCUGUGGGACGGCACGAAGUCGUACGGCAAGCCGGUGGACAUGUGGGCCACGGGCGUGACGCUCUUCACGCUGCUGGUGGGCAAGCUGCCCUUCCGCAGCCCGGAGGACAUCAUCGACGCGGCGUUCAUGCCGACGGUGCCGGAUGAGUUCGGCGAGAAGUGGCGCGUGCUGCUUAACGGCCUGCUGCACCGCGCUCCGCAAGCGCGAUGGACCGUCGAGGAGGCGCUGAGGUACGUGACGGUGAACCUGGCGCGGAAGGAGAGUCGCCGCGAGAAGUCGCACGUUGCCCUGUCAGAAACACCGUGUGGGAGUGGUGCCUCGGCGACCUCCAGCACCGGCGCACCGGCCACAGCUGUGCCGCUCCUCAGCUGCAGAAGGAGGAACAGCAGCAACAACAACGGCGACAGCAAGCCGUCCAGUCCGUUGCAAGGGCUCGCUCCACUUCGGCGCCCCGUGGACGGAGCACCAGAACGGCGCGCCGAGUCGUGCAGCCCCGCUCCGUCCCUACACCCACGCGCACUACUGCAGCACAUCACCGGCACCCCACGCGUGGAGGAGGAGGCGGCGAUGAGAAGCAGCAACAGCAGCGCCGACGGCCGGGCAUCGAAUACGUCUCAUUCGGCCAUGCCCGCCACGUCGCUCGCCCUCGCCCGAUGCGGGAGUGCGAUGCGGCCACACAUAUUGGAGGGCCUCGAUGCGGCGCGGCUGCCCCUCGCCCAGGCAGGCCGCAGCAGCGGCCACCCCAUCUCCGUCACCCACAUACCGACCUCGACGGAGCAUCCACCGUCGCCCAGACAGCACCAGUAUCGGCAGCAGAAGCAGCGCAUCCCCAGCUCGUUGGAGGAAGGCGGUGGUUAUCUGGAUACACCCUCCUUCGGGGACGACACGUCGGACACGGUUUCCGCGGCGACGCCGACAGCGGGAAAGCUCGCUGAGGAGGCGGAGAGUGCGACGGCGUACGCACCGCAGACGAAGACGGCGCGGACGAUCACCGCCCAUCGCCCUUUUUCGGUCCGAUGGGGCUCCCGGCCUCCUGCAGAAGGGCCGUACGAAACAGGUGGAGGGCCUUCACAGCAGCAGCAGUCUUCGUCGGAGAAUACCGGUGGCCAGGUCUCCUCUCCACGCCCAGGGAGUGUUGGCACCCCGCUGGUGCCACUCUCUGCCAUACUCGCAGCGCACAGCUCCGAAGUGACGCCGCGGCCCUCCUCGCGCACUCCCUCCGCGGCAGCGAAGGAUGAAGUCAGGGGCGACAACACGUCGGCCGUGUACAACUUCGUCCCGUCGUCUCGGCUGAUGCCCCUCUCCGUGCCGCGUCCGUCUUCCCCUCGUAUCCCAGAGAAGGACAAGCCGUCAACGACCCCCACCGGUCCCGGCAGCACGACAACCUCACCGCACGCCGCCCUCCCCGCACCCUCAAAAAGCGAGCGGAGCGGCGCAGUGACGCGGCCGGCGGUGCCACCACGCGGGGACCCAAUUGCAUCCACCCCUACCAGGAUACGCAGUGGCGGCAACGUCAGCAACAACAACAACAAGACCGCCGCACGUGCGACAGUCUAUUCCUUCAGUCCGCGUGUCCCUGGCUCCACCGAGUCGCGCGAGCACGGCGUCGCGACGGCGCCCAUGGAGGGAGCAGCAGCAGCGGGAGGGAGGGAGGGGCUGCAUCACCCUCGCUCCCCCGCACGAUUGCCCGGCAUCACCAGCGCCUCCUCCCCCACCCCGCCGUCGAGCGCACCGAUGGCGGCUUCUCUCUCGGCGCCGCCGGCACUGCGUCGGAUCAAGGCGUCGCAGCGGAACUCCCCGCUGCGCAACGGUAUUCAGGUGAAUGAGAUUUCCCUCUGUGAGGUGUCGUGUGGGAGCCGCGCCGAGUCCUUGCUUGAAGAUGCCAGAAAGUGA